UGUUGUCGGAUUGAGAGCGGCAUAGUCUCCUCUAAACAGACUCAGGCGGAGAGAUGAACCACUUCGGCGUACAAAUUAAAAGAUAAAUUCACCUCUGACCGAUGUAAACCAGCGAGAGCUAUUAGGACUGCUAAAUUGGGUUCUUAAAGCGCCAAGAAACAUGUUCCCGCGAGACUUUGCUUGGGGAGCGGCAACCUCUGCGUACCAAAUAGAAGGUGGAUGGCAGGCUGAUGGAAAGGGACCGAGUAUUUGGGACACGUUCUGUCAUGAGAAGGGUGGAGUUUUUGGAAAUCAAAACGGAGAUGUGACCUGUAACAGCUAUGAACUCUGGGAGAAAGACCUGGAGUGUAUCCAGCAGCUUGGCCUGACGCACUACCGCCUGUCUCUUUCUUGGGCGCGCCUCCUGCCUGAUGGGACGAUCCGGAACGUAAACCAGAAAGGUGUACAGUACUAUAAUAGAGUGAUUGAUGACUUGCUGGCAUGUGAUGUAUCCCCAAUGGUCACUCUGUACCACUUUGACCUGCCGCAAGCAAUUCAAAACCUAGGAGGUUGGAAGUCACCCGAUGUAGCAACUCUCUUUGACAGCUACAGCAAGUUUUGCUUCCAGACAUUCGGGGAUCGCGUCAAACUCUGGAUCACCAUCAAUGAGCCGCAUGUGUGCGCCAGGUUAGGUCACGAAGUCGGCAUCCACGCCCCGGGGUUAAAAGAAAAGGGAACCGCUGCCUACCUGGUAGGGCAUAACAUGCUGCGAGCUCACGCCAUGGCCUGGCACAGCUACAACUCUGAGUACAGAACAACGCAGAAGGGUGCAGUGUCUCUGGCUCUCAACAGCGACUGGUUUGAGCCUCUAGAUCCAUUACGCCAUGAAGACGUUGCCUCAGCUGAACGUGACCUCGCCUUCACCCUGGGCUGGUUUGCCUGGCCAGUGUUUAUUACUGGAGAUUAUCCAGAAUUGAUGAGAUCGGCCAUAGAAACUCAGUCCAAGAUGAUGGGAUACAGUGGCAACUGGAGACUUCCCAGGUUCUCAAAGGAAGACCCUCCGAUUUUAGGAACAGCUGACUUCUUUGCACUAAACUACUACACAUCCCGGAAGGUCAAAUCAGGAGGGUGUUGCGGGCCGAUGUUGAGUAUGAAGAGGGACUUGGAUGCAGAAGAGGUUUUAGAUCCAUCCUGGCCAAUUUCUGGGGUGUCUUGGCUGGCUGUUGUCCCACAUGGUUUAAGGAAACUUCUUAAAUAUAUAAAGGAUGUCUUUAACAACCCGACAAUCUACAUCACAGAGAACGGCUUCGCUCAGGUUGGCCCGCUGCAAAUUGAGGAUGUUGAACGAUGCAAGUUUUACAGAAGCACCAUCUCGGAAGUGGUUAAAGCUAUAGAAGAGGAUGGGGUCAACGUCCGCGGGUAUUUUGCAUGGUCACUGAUGGACAACUUUGAAUGGGCUGAUGGAUUCAGCGUACGUUUCGGCCUUUUCCACGUAGAGUUCUCCGGUGCCGAGCUGAGCCGAACCAUCUACCGGUCUGGACGGGAAUACUCGAAGAUCAUCUCAAAAUACAAAUCUGCUCAAAGUGGAUGCCAGGGAUUUUUAGAUGAUGACUAUUGAUGAAAACAAGAAGAAGGUGUUUCAGACAUAUAAAGAAACAGUUUGUAAGUUUUGGUUUUAAGGUCCAGAAAGUAAAAAUUCAUUGAACUCUUUUUAUACAUUGACCAUUAUAUCAGCUGGAUGAUAAAUUAAGCUGCAAUUCUUUAACAUGUCGAUUUGUUUUCUGUAGCAAAGGCUGAAGGAAACAUGACUGAAUGUAGUUUUUUUCAAAACUAAACAGGAAACCCAUCAAUCAAUGAAAUAAAUACAAUAAAAUAAUAAAUUAAAUGAC